AUGCCAAAAAAGCUGCAUGCUCUCAGUGCUGUGUUCCCCCCCCCUCACCCUCUUCCCCUCCCCCUUCUCCAAACCAAAAAAAAGCUUCAUAAUUCUUGGGUGUUGGUGCCUUCCCCCCCCUCUCCUCAGCACUGUCCACCCAAAAACAAAACUUCAUUGUCUCCCCCCUUCCUCCCACCCACUCUGUCCAAGCCAAAACAAGCUGCUCCCUCCCUCUCCCACCACCCUCCAUGUCAUACACAAAAUAAAACUACUGUGGCAAGGACAAAGCAAACUUCCAAGAGGAAUGUUGGUGACAAGCCUGGCAGAGUCUCUCUGGUCAAUUUACAAGCCAAGGAGCAACAAGCUGCCCAGGCUGCCAAUGCCAAUGCCAUCAGGGCUCCACUUCAAGUCAAGAAGAGGAGGAUAAGGAAUUCUGUGAUUCCUGUCUCAUGUGUAGGGAUGGGGGCACUUUAUGGGAGUGUGAUGUCAUGGGCUGCUGGAGGGCGGUCUGCAACAAGUGUCUGGUGGUUCCAGAGGAUUCCCUUCAACAGAUCACCCAGCCUGGUGUCUCCUUUAGGUGUGUCAGUUGUCAUUGGAAGAGGACCAGACAUGGAACUCCUCAGCCCUACUAUGGCUUCUAUCUGGGUGAUGAGCAGUGUCCUCAGCAAGCCCCCUGCUGUCAUGGGCACAUUCCAGCAUGCCACCACCUCUGAAGUGGCUACCCUUUCCACAGCCAUCAUCCACCUUCACCUGGAUGGCUUGACCCUGGACCCUGACCCAGUCCAUAUCAUCCAAUCCAUGAUACAAGGGAGUCUAGGGCUGCCUAUGAAACUGCAGCUGAAGUGCUCUCUUCCUUCCUGGCCCCUUAUGGAAGGGUGGUUCUCUUCUUCACUACCCACAGUGAAGAACAAAGUGGGGAUCUCUUUGCCUGGAAGUAGGGAUGGGCAGGUAUUUGUCUCAAGGGUCUUUGAGGUUUUAGAGGCUCUCCUCACACCCCUCUCCAAGGUUGUUGAGGGAGGUGACCUCAUCUUCCUGGUGUGUGGAUAUCUGGUCAAGCAUCAGGAGAGUUUUGCAAGACCUCAAGUCAGCCAUGAACCACCAAGGUCAAUGCUCCUCUUUGAUGCAGACAGGUUACUCCCUGUCAACACCAUUCCUUUCCUCAUGAGUGUUUUGGACCUUACCAUCAUCCAAGGCUUUCAACAGAUGGAUAAGACAGUCAAGGCUGCCCUCAAGGACUGUGGGGUGCUGGGUAGACACUCAAACAUCAUCCUCAUGUUUUGGGGGUCUCAAGGAGGGAGGGUAUUGGUGGAAAGGUACAUUUGGACUGACAAGUUCAUCAAACCUUGGGGUCAGAACUUGCCUGCUCAAUGCCCUCAGUGUGGGAGCAUACAAGAAUGGCUGGCUGCUAGUGCUGAUUCAACUUAUUCCUAUCAGUGCCAGUAUCCUGAUUGUGGGAAGGACUUGGAGGGGACUGCAUUGCCACCCAAAACUUAUACCAUUUCUAUGCCUCAAGGAGCCAAAAAAUUACUAGAUGGAAAAAAGUCAUCUGCAUGGUUGGUAGAAAUCUUGUAA